CUCGUUCCUGCUGGAUCAGCACAUUGAUGCCCUCUUUUUAUUUGAUAGAGCGAGGUCAGUAAUAUUUACAUCCUUUCUUAAUUCGAGUGGUUAGUGAUCGUGCGGCGAGCUCCAUCCACUGCUGCUGACAAUCUGAAGAUCCCAAAAGAUAUCCAAAAUCCAGCACGGAGUACCGCUAUACAAAGGCAAUUUAGCCAGACAUCAGCAGCGAGCCAGCGACCAACCAUCAACCAUAUCCCCUCGCCGCAGCAGGCAGCAGCCCAAGAUGCCGCCGCCGCUUCUCCUCCUACUCCUCGUCCCGCUCGUCCACCUCCUCGCUCCGGCUCUCGCUGAAACCCCCGACCACUACGCCGUCCGCUACGCCCCGCCGGGCGCCGAGACCAUUGCGGCUGCGGCUCAAGAGUACCUCGACCCGACCUACCCUCUCCCGGGCCCCCCGCCCGCCGCGAAGACGUGCACCGUGCCGGUGCUCUCCUACUCCUUCGCCAGCACCUACGGUGCCGCCCCGGCCAAGGCUGCCUACGCGCCCCCCGCCGGGUGCCCCGCGCCCUGGUCCCUCGUCGUGCUCUCCUUCUCCGCGGCCUGCGCCGGCGAGCAGUACGACCGCGUCGCCGCCGUCUGGCUCGACGGCGCCGAGCUCCUUCGCACCACCACCGCCGAGCCCACCCCGGACGGCGUCGCCUGGACCGUGCGCAAGGAUGUCACCCGGUACUCCGCCCUCCUCCGCUCCCCGCCCGAUGGCGUCCUGUCGGUCAUGCUCGAGAACGUCGUCAACGACGAGUACACCGGCGUGUACAACGUCACUGUCUCCCUUGAGUUCCACGGCACUCCGGCUUACAUCUCCGACACAACUUCACCCUCCUCCUCUGCUCGCGUUGACAGCCCCGACCCGGCGCCACCGACGCUGCCGGAGUCCUACUUCCAGGCGGCCGACCUUAUCCUUCCGAUCUCGGAGGCCACCAGCAAUAGCGGCUACUGGUUCCGCAUCCAGAACUCGUCCGACUCGCGCUCCAAGCUCGUGACCAUUCCGUCGAACACCUACCGUGCGGUGCUCGAGGUGUUCGUGUCGCCCCACGCGAACGACGAGUUCUGGUACUCCAACCCGCCGGACCUCUACAUCCAGGAGAACAACCUCACAACGCCGAGGGGCAACGCCGCGUACCGCGAGGUCGUGGCCAGCGUGGACCACCACUUCGCCGGCUCCUUCGUGCCGUUCCCCGUCAUCUACACGGGCGGCAUCAACCCGCUCUACUGGCAGCCCGUCUCCGCGCUCGGCGCCUUCGACCUGCCGACCUACGACAUCGAGCUCACCCCGUUCCUGGGCCUCCUCGUCGACAGCAAGGCCCACGAGAUCGGCCUCAGCGUGGUGGACGGCAUCGCCGAGUGGCUCGUGGACGCCAACCUGCACCUCUGGCUGGACCCCAAGUCAUCGGACGUGCAAGCGUCGCUGGGCCGUUACAAGACGCCGCGGCUGUCCAUCACCCGCCGGUACGCGACGCAGCUGCUGGACGGGAGCUUCAGUAUCCGCGCCAAGAGGAAGUCCGCCUUCAGCGGCUGGGUGAAAUCCUCGCUCGGCAACCUGACGACCGAGGUGGAGACGGAGCUGGAGACGAGCAGCCUGGUCUGGUUCAGCAACGGCGGAAAGAACAAGACCGUGGAGCUGCGGGCGGAGCAGGAGACGGAGGUGGUGGUCCGGUCGGAGACGAGGAAGGUGAUCGGGAAGAUCGAGACCGAGGCCAAGUACCCUCUGUGGUUCUACAUGGACACCGAGGACGGCGAGAACGGCACGUCCGUCGUCACGGGGAGCCUGUCCCACAGCCUGAACGUCGAGACGGAGGUGAAGUCAGGUAGCUUCGAGAACAAGGCGAAGCUCGCCGACGAGCAGAGCGCGGAGGGCUGGAUGGUCGUCAAGGACCACGACGUGGUCAACGGGUCGGCGACGACGACCCAGAUGUACCGGUACAGCGACGACCGGUGGAGCUACCAGCGGACGAUCGACGCCGUGGACGGCGCGGUGCUGAGCGACAACGUGAGCGAGAGCUACCGCGUCCAGGUCCAGGACGCGGCCAACACUUUUUGCCUCUCUGGAAGGAGAUGCGGGGAUGGAACUGCGUCGGUGGCCGAGCGCUGGGUUGAGGUUGCUCCUAUGUAACUAAACAGAGCCCGUGAAAAGCAGAGUUGUUCUUGGAUUCCCACAAGGCUGCGCGAUUGUCGGUUCCAAUUUUUGUACGUACUUAUCCACUUCAUUAUCUCAAGUGCGCUUUUGUUAUUGUAUACACCACUGUAUGCUACAGUUCAUGUGAAAUUUAUGUAUCCAUGCUUCUGUUGCCGGGAUUAUUCUGUUUUUAAUUUUGAAAUAAAGCGCGCAGGCAGUGUUAAUAAAGCUGUUGCUGUGGCA